UACAAUUAGCAGCUGUUGAAUUAAAUUACAAAGGUUGCCUGUUGGCUGCAGACAGUUGAAAUCCUUCGAACGAGUCGGAAGGUUCUUCCAAAUCGUGUUAUAGUAUAGAGACAGUUCAGUAGUAAACAGACGUUCUUGCGAUAUUUAUAGAUCGGUGUAAAUUGGACACAUAUCGCGAAAAUGGCAAGUGACAUGAGCAAAGAUGUGGCUUUCAUCAAGGAGUGGAUGUCAAAGGAGCCUUAUUUACCCAGAGAUCUUGAUGACUCAAUGAUUGAGAAGUUCCUUCAUAGCUGUUACGGCAGCUUGGAGAAGACUAAGCGUUGCAUCGACCGGUUCUGUUCCACCCGCAGUCAGAUGACGGAACUGUACACCGGCAGGGACCCGCUCGCCGCCAAUGUCGCCACAGCAUUCUCCGUCACACGUGUUUGCACAUACAAAGCUGAGGAAGAUGAGAUCCUCAUCCACCACUACGAUGACCCGGAGCUAGAAAAGUUCUCCUUCUACGACCUCCUCAAGACAUUGACCAUUCAAGCCGACUAUUGGAUCAGGUUCCACAAUCUCUUCCCGAAAGGCCACAUUAUCAUUCUAGAUAUGUCUUCGUUUUCACUCAAGAUGAUUCCGAAGGCCAACGUCAUGUACUUCCGAGAUUUUCUGUUGUAUCUCCUGGAAGGAAUGCCCGUGAGAGUGAAAAAAGUAUACGCGAUAAAUGCACCUUCAUAUUAUGAUACGUUGUAUUCUCUUGUGAAACCUGUGCUUCCUAGUGACAUUUGUGACAUUAUACAUUUCUUCCAUGACUACCAAGACUUACACAAACAUAUAGAUAAGAAGUAUUUACCGGUAGAAUACGGUGGUGAAGCUCCUAGUAUGAAAACUGAAAACGCUGACUGGCUUAAGAAAAUCGAAUCAAAAAGAGAAUUGUUCCUGAACGACGAUCUGUGGAAAGCCGACCUCAAGCUGAGACCGAAAGGCGACAACAACUCUAUGAACGGCUCCUUUAGAGCAUUAUCAAUUGACUAAAUAGUUUUAUAAUAUUUACCAACUUAGUGCAACUAAUUAGAUGAAUAAGACACGCAACUUGUAGGUGCUUACGGAUUUUAUGAAAAAAUUAAAUAAACUACUUUGUAUAAAUUUUACCCUAGAGUUUCAGGUCCUUCUUCAUCCUUAGACUCUAUAUGGUAAUAGUUUAAUAGAUAUGUUUAAUUCUUAUUUAUUCAAUAUAUUUUUUAUGGAAUAGGAGAAUAAGCAAGCGUACGGGUCGCCCGACAGGAGGCGAACACUACCGAUCAUACUCUCCUGAACACCAGAACAACCAUAGGAGCAUUGCUGGCCUUUUAAGUAGAAAAACGCGCUUCUUUGGAAGGAAAAGAAGGAAGUUUCUUUCUUGGUUGGUUUCGGUUCUUUGAUUUCAAUGACGCUUGCUGUGGAAAAUUCCACCGUAGAGUAGCGUUACUCGGCCAUCUGGUGAUGAUGUAAUAUCACAAUAAAUAUAUUGUGGUGUAAACAUAAUAAUUAUAUUUCAAAUUCAAAUAUAUUUAUUCAAAACAG